AUGCUGAGUGACAUUUUACAGAAAGCCCUACCGUACGACAUCAUUUUGGCCUACACACGUGCAAAGCGCAGUCAGGCGCUAAGAGAAAACGGGUCUGCUGCCAAUGACUUUGAGCCAAGCGUGGCAGCUGCUACAUCUGAUGCGGAGUUAAAGGAGCUGCUCACCUAUACACGUAUAGAGCUGGAAAGUCGGGAGCAGUGCAAGCCCUUUAAUGACCGACUGCUGGAUGACCGUGCACAGAGGACUCGAAGCGGCAGCACUAGCACGGCUUCCGUACUACACAGCACAUCGAACAGCUGGGGUGAGUGUUUUUUCUGCAAGUCUAAGAAACAUGGCACCCGCGCUUGUGACGUGAACCUUGCCAUAGAUUUGAAGAAAGGAAUGCUUGCGAAAGACCACCGCUGCUAUCGAUACACGUCCCGAGGACAUCAGGCACGUUCUGGCCGCGUCAAACUUACCUGCUCGAGUUGCCACGGGAGGCACGCAUCAAGUAUGUGCGACCCGCACUAUACAUCCAACCAAACAGCGACACCUUCUCGUCCAGUUGACUCCUCCGGCCACACAAUAGGAAUGGUGUCGCCAAAAUCAGUUAUGCUGUGUGAGAAGGCUUCACUGAGCGGGGGCGCAACAAAUCACAGUGAAGUAUAUCUACAAACGUUUCGCGCCUUUGUCAACAAAAAUGGCAAAACAAAGUAUGUCCGAGGGGUUCUCGACGGAGGGAGCCAGCGAUCCUUCGUCACGGAAGAUUUCGCCAAGACAUUCCAUCUACAGGUGCUGGGAGAAACUCAAAUUGCGCUGAAUACGUUUGGCUGUUUGUCACCAAGUACUGUGGAAAGACUUCAAGUGGUGGAAGUUCCUCUGCGUAGCCAACACGGUUCUGAAACCUGCACGGUGCACAAAAUCGUUGUUCCAGUUAUCUGCCACGAUAUUGCUUUCCCGAAGGCUGACAGCCAUUUCGUUCAGAACCUGUGUCUUGAACGCAAGGUCAUUGCGGACGAAAAGAAGUUUGAUGCGGAAACGGAAAAUAGCCUCAGCUUGUUGAUCGGUGCUGACCACCCCUGGCAAAUCGUGUCGGGACGCAUCGUCAAAAGUGCAGAAGUUCCAGGACUGCUAGCAAUAGAUACAGCUUUCGGAUGGACGCUACAAGGACCCAGUCACCAAAAAGCCUUUCUUGACUGCAGCUCUAGCCUAAUGGUCUGCAUUCUGAAAGUACAAGCAUUUGUUGAUGACGAAUCAGCGUCGCAGAUCUUGCAAUCUUUUUGGCAACUAGAAGCAAUGGGCAUCGAAGAUUCAACGGCACCUUCUUCCCAUGAGUCCGUUGCACAAUUACAUAAAACCAUUAGCAAUAAAAGCGACAGAUACACAGUGGCGUGGCCUUGGAAGGAAGAUAAGAAACCGCUCCUAGGGAACAAUCGGGAAAUCGCGCUAUCACGUCUACAAAGAUUAACACGGAGGCGAUCAACGAUGGAAGGAAUGUUGCAGCGAUAUGACAGAGUAAUCCGGCAAUAUCUGGAGAUGGGUCACGCGGAAGUGGUGCCUAAGGAUACUCCUCAGCAUCGAGAUCACUCCAUAUAUUAUAUGCCAAAUCGGGAAGUAAUAAGAGAGGAAUCGUUAACUACCAAGCUGCGUGUAGUGUUCGACGCAUCGUCACACACCCAAGGUGUACCAUCCCUUAACGACUGCUUGGAUAAAGGAUUGAAUCUCAAUCCAGAAUUGCUGCAAGUCCUUCUUCGCUUUCGGUGGUACCCUGUCGCCAUCACUUCCGACAUCGAAAAGGCAUUUUUACAAAUUGAGAUGUGCAUUCCGGUUAUUCUGGUUUGA